AAGUGUGCCCUAUUUUAUAUAGUGUAUUUCGGAAAUUUUCUUAUUUAUAGGCGAAAUUACAUUAAUUUCGACCCAAAAUAUUUUGAAAAAAGUAGCAGUUAUAAUUAUCAAGAAACAUGGAUGUUUUUGAUAAUUGUCGUAUUUGUUUACAUGAAAUUAAUCAUGAGCCGAUUAAAAUGACACGGCUUAUAUUGAGAUUCCUCGAAAAAUGUUUACAACUUACAAAUGUAACAAAACCAAAUCCGCAGAACAAUGUAAAGCAGAAUUUAUGUGCGCCCUGUUUUAAUAGAAUAUCGGAAUUUCAAGAUUUCCAUGAACAGUGCAAAGAUUCCGAUGAGUUUUGGAAAACACAGUUCGAGGAUAUUAAAGAAGUUACCCUUGAGAAACAAUUGACAUUUGAACAAAGUGUAUUAUUGCCAUUGGCGGAAGAGAGUAAUUCAUUAGAGGCUGAUACUACUGUAUCCACAACGGAAACAAAACCGUCAACAUAUCCACAACAAGAAACCGAAGAACAUCAGCAUGAUGAUCUACAAUCACUACAUGGUGACAUAGAGGAGGACAUGCAUGAGGUAUACCAUGAAAAAGAAAACAAUAUGUUAGACACUCCUCCACUAAAUGAAGAAGAUGAAGAAACAACUCAAAUUGAGGAUUUUAAUAGUAUUGACUUGACUAAUUGGCCCGAUGAAACAAACGACAAUGAUUCUGAAAUUAAAACGCUUGAAGAAAGUGAGUGUGAUGCCGCUAAAGCCGUUAAUGAAGAAAUUAUCGAAUAUGAAUAUCAAAUAGAAGAUGAAGAAGAAUUUGAAAUUGAAGAAAUACCGACUGCUGAUGAACCUGCUAGUUCAGAAUCAUUUGGUGUGGACUACCGUUCAUUUAAUUAUGAGAAAUUUGAAACGGAAAAUUCAAGUGAAAGCUCAAUUAUCCAUGAAACUAUUGAAGAAACUAAGGAAGAAUAUACUGAAACUACACAAAAUGCCUUUUUUAUGACAACAACUAUAGAUGAAAAUGGGAAAGUGAAAAUGUCUUAUAAAUGUCAACACUGUGAUAAAAGUUUCAAUCGCGUUUAUGAUAUUGAAUCUCAUUAUAACAUCCACAAUGGAGUUAAACCUUACAUCUGCCAUGUCUGUGGCAAAUCAUUUCGACAGAAAAAUAUUUUAACCACUCAUCAAGCUUUACAUUUUGGUAAAAAAGUUGAAUGCGCCGAAUGUGGUAAGAAAUUUGCUCGCAGAUCUCAGCUUAUACUACACUAUAGAAUGCAUCGUGAUGAAAAACCAUUUGUAUGCAAUUUCGAUGGAUGUCCGGCUGCUUUUCGCCAAAGAAAACAGUUAAUUGAUCACUCAUUCAUACAUACCGGGGAGAAGAAUUUCCAAUGUGCAACGUGUACAAAAUCUUUCCAUACAAGAAAACGUCUUCAGGAUCACAUAUAUAAAGUACAUUCACAGCAUCGUUAUCGUUGUGAUUUAUGUGAAAAGGCAUUUCUAAAGCCACACAUGCUUAAACAUCACAUGAUAACUGCUCAUAAUGUAGAAGUGGACGAUGUGUCACACCUUAAGACUUUGGUGGAAGAUUUAAAACCAACUUCUAAAAGAUCUACUAGAAGCACCAUUAUGAAUUAAAAUACAUACAAUAAAUGUUUUAAUCGAUUUGUCGAUUUUGUAGUGUUUAGUGUCGCUGAUUAAGAAAAAAUAAUUGCAAAUGUACGUAAACAUAUAAAAAUAAAUUUAUUUAUAACUAAUAUGAAUAAUUCAGAUACUUAGAAAAUCUAAAAA